AUCAUGCAAUGCCUGAUGUAUAAUCCAUUAAAAUGGGAGGGGGGCCCGAAUCUUCCUUGGCAAGAAGCAGCGAAGAAACGAAGCAACGACUUCGAACAGAAGACAUAGUUUCUUCGAACCGAUAUUCAGGCGCAGCUGGAACGCCAUGGAAGCCGUCUCUGCGAUCAGCUCACUGGUGCCGACCAUCAUUCAAGAAUUUGGUGCCAUCCAAGUCGCUCGAGGUUUCCAACAUGAUUUCAAGCUGUACCAGCUCAGACUCGACAUGGCCCAGCUCCGGCUCUCUCGAUGGUCCACAGCCGCAGGGCUUCCCCUUGAGAACGAAGGGGAAAACACCGGCACCUCGUCCCCCGAAGGUGAUCCGGCAAGCACUGCAAUAUCAGACCUCGAACAAGCCGAAAUCUUCCUCGAGCAUAUCAGGGAUGCGUUGAUAAAGGCAAAGAACGAAUCAGAAAAGAUGAAACCAAGGAACGCAGACGACGCCCCCUUCCCGAACGACCGAUUCGGGCGCCUCCAAAGGAAAGUCCGCGGUCUGGUGGUGAAGAGGUGCCGUAAGACGGCAACCCAGGUUUCGGGUGUGAAGUGGGCAUUGUACAAGACAGAGCAAUGCGAGGCCCUCAUCACGAACAUCUCGGAGCUCAUCGAACAACUCGAGAAGCUGGUCGAGCCGCAGAGCAAGCUCGAGGAGCUCACCCGGGAGGAAUGUGAAGAAAUGUCUGGGGAACUCAUGACAAUAUUGGACGUUAUCAGAGACUGUGAAGUCUGUGAUCCUUACCUGCUCGCGGCGGCGACGCAGGCUCUCGAGGAGAAGAAGGCCACCUUGCAAAAUACCAAUGUGUCAGCGGGAACGAAUUAUGGGAUGAUGGUGGGACGCCAUAAUGGGAACGUAAAUGGAGUCCAGAUCAGGAACACCACGAUCACCAACGGCUCGUAUUACUCUGGGAAGGGCUAUACCGCAAACCAUGGACCGGGGGGUGGUCGGGCUUGAAUAAGCAUCUUGGUUCUGUCCGUGUGUUGGAGUGCGUGAGUCGUGUUGGUUAAGGUAUAAGAAGGGAGGGAGGAGGGUUGAUAUUUGUGCCUACCCUUAGCUGGACUCGCACAGCGUUUGCAUACCUUAGGUACCUUACCUUGUAGGUACCUUACCUUGGGUAGCCUUGUCGUCAUCCAUUUGUCAAGUAUGACUGCCAGAUGCUGUACAUUAUAUGUGACUGUACGAAUACCGAGCAAUACUAUCCGUGACUCCGUGGAAUGGCGUCCUCUCGGAAUAAGAAUGGGGGGAGGAAGGACCUGGAAGGUAACUUGUUGGCAAUCGAGGUCUUGGGACGUGUGGAGGAUAAGGGGGC